AUGAAGAACCUUGCCUUUGGCGUAUACCUGACGGCUUUGGCGAGCGUGGGUUCUGCUGCACCCCAUGCUUCAUCCAGUUCGUCGGGCCCUGCAUCUGCUCCGACAGGUGCUACUUAUGCCUCGGGCUUUGAUAUGACCAAAAGCUGGGCCAAUUUGAGUCCCUACAAGGAUGCCGAUGCUUCGGAGUUCCCAAGGGCACGCCGCAGGGCUCGGUUUCCUACCAGCAAUCUCUUAGAUGGGAGAGGCAUGGCAGAUUUUGCCUCCAAAUUGGUCAAUUAUACCAAGGCCAAGCCAGGAAAGACCGUGGCUAAAGGCCCUCUGAAGUUCUUAAACGACUGGGAGUAUGUGGUUGGAGAAAAUACGUUGAUGGAAAACGGUGCUGCCACGGAAGAUGCAUCCGGUGCCGACUUUUGGAUCAAGUACGGAAGGCUGUUGUACCGCCCUGAUCGUGAUAAUGUGGCAGCCUGGAACGAGUCCCUGAACGUUUAUCCCAACGGUACAGCACGACCGAAGCCUGUAUUCCGUACCACUGAUCAGGGGCGUAUUCUGGAAAGUGCCCGCUGGUGGCUCAGUGGUUUCUUUGGCAACAGUGGUGCCAAUAGCUCUUAUGACCAAUAUGAUUUGGUUGUUAUUCCAGAGGAAACCGAUUAUUUCAAUAAUACUCUGGCUUCUUAUGUUUCUUGUCCAGGUGACAAGACUGCCGGCGAUGAGUCUGCCCAGGUGUUCAUUCCUCGAUACACCAAGAAUGCUCUCUCCAGACUGGCCAGUUACCUUCCCAAAGACUUCAAUCUAACGGCCUACGAUGUGCUCGCAAUGCAAAACCUUUGUGUCUAUGAAAACACAAGUCUCGGGGGCUCGUUCUUCUGCUCCCUGUUCACCGAGCAAGAGUGGAAGGACUUUGCGUAUAAUGUCGACAUCCAGUACUACGGCAACUUUGCAUUCGGCUCCCCCACUGGUCGUGCCCAAGGCAUCGGCUACGUCUUAGAGCUCGCAGCCAGGCUCGAGGGCAAACUGAUCCACUCUAGCGACACCAGCAUCAACUCUACCUACGAUGACAACACCGCCCAGUUCCCCAUGAACCAGCCGUUCUAUAUGGAUAUGUCCCACGAUGAUAUCCUUCUCUCGGUUAUUUCCGCUCUCGGCCUUGAGCAUUUCAAGUACGGUCCUCAUGGUCUUCCAAUCAAUGUAGACCACGCACCCUCCAACCGAACAUUUGCCCUCAAUGACCUGACUCCGUUCGGUGCCCGAUUCAUGUCGGAGGUCUGGACGUGCCCCAGCAAUGUUUCUUUUGACUCUUUGGAUCCAAUCCUCUAUGUCAACCCGCGCCUAGACUCCGUGCGCGACACAAAGAAAUACAUCCGCUUUACGCUUAACAAUGCCCCACUCCCUCUGGAUGGACUUGUCGGAUGUGAGGAUUCUCAAAAUGGUUUCUGUGCGGUCGAUGGGUUCUUGAGCGGCGUCCCGACUCUGAAGGAGAAUGCCAAGUACCAGGAGGCUUGUUUUGGUGAAUAUCCCACUGGAAAACAGGUCGGAGAUGGUGUUCCAAAUUCAUAG